UAAGGCCUAAGAACUAAGGCGGCCUAAGUAGUGCAGAAAACUAGAGUCACUUUCUAGGCCAGGUUUCUUUUGGCUCUUACAGCCAACUACCUCCCACUGCGUUGACCUCCCAGAGUUCAUUCGCGCCUUUCCUUCACGCUGCAGCAGUGUGUUGGGCAUAAAUUGAUCGUUCAGAACGACAACUAGUUGACAGUUCGGUUGAAGGUCAUGCUUGCCCGUGUGGAACACCCAUCGUCGCUAGCUCACUCGUUCCAGUAUUUGUUGUACAUACGUCCAUUCUUCAGCAAGGCUUUAUCAUCUCUUGCUGGUUUGAGCUUUCGAGGUUCGUCCAUCAUAACGUUUGUAUCAGUUCGAGUGGGACUCUACUGUUUCAAACAUUAGUGGAAGUCUGAAGUCCGAGGAGUAAGCGAAUCUCACCACCUCAAUGGAUCAGAUGAUGGCGCUGUUCACCCUGAUGGGACUUGCUGUGUCCAUUUUGUUACACUGGUGGCACUCGACUUGGCUGCCGAGCAAGAGGCUGCCCCCAGGGCCGACCCCAUGGCCCGUGCUGGGAUGCAUUCCGCAGCUGCCACUCCUCGUGGCCGACGUUCUGAGCGGGUCGACAGAGCUGCAGAAGAAAUACGGCAAGAUAAUGACAAUCUGGAUCGGCAAGAGGCCUCUGAUCAUCGUCAACGACCCGGAACUCGCGUUUGAGGCCAUGGUCAGACGAGGCGCGCAGUUCAAUAACCGAUGCAGACUCUCGUCUCAGAUCGACAUGAGCAAUGGCUUCAAGCUGGUCAGCUCCUCGGACGGAGACUACACCAAACUCAUCCGCAGAGUGCUCGCGGCGGGCGUGCUCGGUGCGGCCACCGAGAGAGCCCUUAAGCCGCAGCGCGACUCGACUGUGGCAGAAAUCAUGAGCCUCAUGGUGGCGGCCACUACGGCCACCGGCGGCGUGAGGCGGCUGAAAGUCUCGUCCAUCGUCCGCCCGUGCAAGGUCAAGUUCGCGCUGGUGAUGUCGCUGGGAAUCGAGCUGGAAAGCAAGACGAUGCAACGCCUGGAUGAUAUUCUCAUGAUAAGGCUGAACAAAACCUUCCAAUUCUACUUCGGAGAUUACGUGCCGGCGCUGAAAAUCUUCGAGCGCAAGAGCCGGCAGUAUUUCCGCAGCAUCAAGCAGGAGUGCGAGGAAAUCCUCAUGCCCGUGAUCCACAAAGUGCGAGACAUCCGAGCUCGAGGGCGUGACGAGAAUGGCAUCGUGGUCAAUCCCGGCAGCUACUUGCACAACCUUCUGGACCUGCAAGAGACCGAGGGCCGAGACUUCCUGAGCGACGCGACAAUCGUUGCUCUCCUCGUGGAGCUCAUCGUCUCUGGGAGUCACACCGUCUCCUUGGCUGCAGAGAACGCCAUGCACAUCCUGAGCCAGCACCCGCAGGUGCAGGCCAAGCUGCGCGAUGAGAUCCGAGAGAAGUUGGGCGACGAUGCUCGGCCAGUCGAGGAGUCCGACAUUCCGAACCUGCCCUACCUCGCCGCCGUGGUGAAGGAGACGCUGCGCCUGAUUGCUCCGAGUCCCGUGACCAUCGCCCAUGCCACAUCCGAGCUGUGCCAGCUCGGGGGCUACGACAUCCCGACCAACGCCGUCAUCUACUUUCAGAUCCGCUCGUUCCACCUCGAUCCCACUUUGUGGCCAGAUGAGCCCCUGGGCUUCAAGCCCGAACGAUUUCUCGAGACUGACGUCGAGGUCUUGGGAUCUGGUACUCGAGAUCUGAGGUUGAUCCCCUUCGGUGCUGGCAGGAGAAUCUGUCCGGCGGCCAAAUUGGCGAUGAUGGAGCUGCAGAUGAUGGUCGCCCGCAUGGUCCAGACCUUCGACUGGAUGCAAGAGCAUGACUCGAUUCUUCCCGGGGACAUGACUGACGUGGAGCUCCCGAAGGAUGAUUUGCCCGGUGAUCUGCAGAAGAAAACAUCCAUAGCACGACUCAGAUCAAUCAACUCGUAGACUCCGAGUUUGUCCCUCUGUGUAUAAUAUUCCUUUGUGUGGAGUAUAAGUGAAACGAGUAGUUUCCGUUUCCCACGUCUCCUAAACAUUCAUUAUCAGAGUCUCACCAUCCUGACUUCAGUCUAGAUCACGAUAACUCACUGCUUCGAUAUUACUCAUCUUGCCAAUGAAUACCGGACUAGCUACGCGUGCAUUUGGCGUUGGUGGAGUCUCCCAACCUUCGCAGACGAGGGUUGUUGUACAAAGGGAGAUUGCCCAACUUACAAUUUAGCAUAUUCAUGUGACACUCCCCAAAGAAGAGUGCUGAAACUCGCAGGGAGCUUGUACGAACUCCAGUGGGUUUCGAAUUUUGAAUCUAAAUAAAAAUCUAAAUAUCCAAUUC